UAUGCCGUGGUUCCUCCCACAGACACGAGCCACCAGCCCCGCUCGGUGCCCAGCCGGCCCUACUACAGCCUUCCCAACAGCAGCCAUGAGAGACGCUCGGUGCUGGCCGUGGCGGAGCCGCCGCGCUUCCACGCGCAGGCCAAGGGCAAGAACGUGCGGCUGGACGCGCACUCGCGGCGGGCCACGCGCAGGAACAGCUUCUGCAACGGCGUCACCUUCACCAACCGGCCCAUCCACCUGUACGAGAAGGUGCGCCUCAAGCUGGUGGCCGUGCACCACGGCUGGAGCGGGGCCCUGCGCUUCGGCUUCACCAUCCACGACCCCUCGCAGAUGAGCUCCGAGGAGAUACCAAAGUACGCCUGCCCCGACCUCGUCACCCGGCCCGGGUACUGGGCCAAGGCUCUGCCCGAGAGGUUCGCGGUCAGGGACAAUAUUUUGGCCUUCUGGGUGGACAAGCACGGCAGAGUUUUCUACAGUAUUAAUGAUGAGGAGCCAAUCUUGUUUCACUGUGGUAUUAAAGUUUCCGGGCCUCUUUGGGCCCUCAUAGACGUCUAUGGAAUUACCCACGAAGUGCAAAUUCUAGACAGCAUGUUUGCAGAGACCAUGACCACUGCCCGGCUCAGCACCGCCCGGCUCAGCACCUGCCUUCCCCAGAGCAACCACGACUCGGCCAACUUCAACAACAACGAGCUCGAGAACAACCAAGUGGUGGCCAAAAUUGCAAACCUAAACCUGAGCCGGGUGCCAGGACUUGGGACUGACAACCACAUCAUCCCCUGCUGCCCCAACCGGCGGCAGCACGGCCAGGGGGUGCCGGCAUUCCUGGACACCGACCUGCGCUUCCACCCCACGCGCGGCCCCGACGUCACCUUCUCCCAGGACAGGAUGGUGGCCUGCACCAACUGGCAGGAGAGCAAUAGGACUUUGGUGUUCUCUGACCGGCCUUUGCACAUCGGGGAGAGCCUCUUUGUGGAAGUGGGACACCUGGGGCUGCCCUACUACGGGGCGCUGUCGUUCGGCAUCACCUCUUGUGAUCCGAGCACAUUGCGGACAAACGAGCUCCCGGCGGAUCCGGAUUUUCUCCUGGACCGUAAGGAGUACUGGGUGGUUUAUCGGGCGUUCCCUGUCCUCAAUAAUGGUGACAUCCUCAGCUUCAUGGUCCUGCCCAAUGGAGAGGUGCACCACGGGGUCAACGGUGCCAGCCGGGGCAUGCUCAUGUGUGUGGACACCUCCCAGUCCCUCUGGGUGUUUUUUACAAUCCACGGAGUGAUCAACCAGCUCAAAAUCCUGGGCACGGUGCAGUCCAGCCCGGGGACGGUGUCUCCCUCAGGAUCCCCCGGUGGCUCCCAGUAUGACAGUGACUCGGACAUGGCCUUCAGCGUCAACAGAUCCUCAUCAGCCUCCGAGUCCUCGCUGGUGACUGCCCCCAGCUCCCCUCUGAGCCCCCCCAUCUCUCCUGUCUUCUCCCCUCCGGAGCCAUCGAGCAGCAAGAACGGGGAGUGCACCGUGUGCUUCGACAGCGAGGUGGACACGGUGAUCUACACCUGCGGACACAUGUGCCUCUGCAACACCUGCGGUCUUAAGCUGAAGAAGCAGCUCAACGCCUGCUGCCCCAUCUGCAGAAGGGUGAUCAAAGAUGUGAUUAAAAUCUACCGCCCGUAGCGCCCGUCGGGGGCUGCAGGAAGGGGGAAACGCCGCUAGCAACACACGCCUUUCCGUCCCUGCUUAUGGGUUAUCGUGCUGGUCAGUCGUUAUCAAAGUGGC